AUGAAAAAAUUCAGGGAAUUGAAAAAGACAGGUGAUGGAACAUUUGGUGAGGUAAUAAAAGCAGAGGACACUUUAACUCAUGAGUUAGUUGCAAUCAAAAAGAUGAAAUAAAAGUAUCACAAUUUCGAUGAGUGCACCAAUUUGAGAGAAGUUAAGGCUUUAUUGAAACUCCAAAACCAUCCCAACAUUGUUAAGCUCAAAGAAAGUAUCUCCUAUCAAUAUUUAGUUUUCCUUGAUAACGAUACCCUUUGUUUAGUGUUUGAAUUUGUAGAGAAAAGUAUUUACCAAAUGUACACCCAAUAAAAAGAAAUGGGCAAAACUAUUUCCGAGGAUCAGAUCAAAUCUAUCAUCUACCAAGUUGCCAAUGGUCUAAGCUACAUGCAUAAACAUGGAUAUUUUCAUCGAGAUCUUAAGCCAGAGAAUAUGCUACUCACCAACAAUGGAGUAGUUAAAAUUAUUGACCUCGGAUGUGCAAGAGAAAUCAGAUCUAGACCUCCCUAUACAGAUUACAUUGCCACAAGAUGGUAUCGAGCUCCAGAAAUUCUUUUGAAGCAAGCCAACUACAACAGUCCUGUUGAUAUUUUCGCAUUGGGUUGUAUAAUGGCUGAACUGUUUUUGAAUAGACCCUUGUUUAAGGGCAAUUCAGAAUUAGAAUAAUUCAAUAAAAUUCUCUCGACACUUGGAACAUUUACUCAAUAGGAAUGGCCAGAAGGAACUAGAUUGGUAUCCCAAAUGGGCCUAGCUCUUGCUUAAUUUCAACCAUUACAAUUAUAAUAGAUGAUACCAAAUGCGAGCACAGAGGCCAUAAAUUUGUUAACCUAAAUGAUUAGAUGGGACCCAAAUAAGAGGAUUACGGCUGCCUAAAUGUUGACCCAUCCCUUUUUCUAUAACAUUGAAAAGAUAGCUCCCACUUUGAUCUUCGAAGAAUAAAGCAAAUCGAAGGAUGACCCAAAACCUUUUGAGUCCAAACACAAGGCCAAAUCUUAAAAUCAAAGGGAUGAAAUUCAAACUUAAUUUAAGCCCAAACAAUAAUUUUUAUAACAAAUCAAAGAUGAUGAUAGCAAUGAUCUAGAUGACAUCCUAGAUUUCAUUACUACAGAAAACAAACCAAUGCCAUCCAAAUUAACCACCUAAAGUGCAAAGACACUCGACUUUAGUGAGUUUGUUCCCACCUAACCCCCAAAUAAAUAAUCCAAAAAUCUAUAAUAGAGUUAAUUACAGGAAUAAAAUAAGAAGGAAAAUAAUUCUAUUUACGAUUUUAGUCAUCUGCAAAGUUUUAAGCCCAACAAACAACCAAAUUUUAAUUCUAAAUAUUGA